CACAGGUCAGUGCAUACAGCAGGCACAUAUCCCAACCCCAAGAGCUUACAGUCUAUUCUAAUGCAGAGACUGAGCAUCUGAGGCUGGUAUAUUUAUUCUGAUCUGUAGAAGUGAAUUAGGCAGAAUCUGCCGCUGACUUCUAAACACCAAAACAAUCCAGCAAUCUGCAGCAGAGUUAGAUCAGAGAAUGGAAGACAAGUCUUAUAAUCCGUAUGUGAAGAUCAGCAGUAACAAAUGUAUACUAAGGUCAGAACUGAUUUCACUCCUGCGAACGUACAACUGUUACCAUGAAGGAAAAAGCUUUCAGCUUCGCCAUCAUGAGGAUGCCGGUGAGCUGGUGGUUGAAGGGCUUCUGAAUAUAUCUUGGGGUCUGCAGCGCCCUAUCAGACUACAGAUGCACGAUGUCAAUGAGAGAAUGUACUUCAAUUCCUCAGCGCCCUGGACAAAAGAACAACCAGGUACCAACAGUUAUGAGUCGCAACCAACGGAACAUCAAAUGAAUUCAGAAUUACUUAAUAAUAAUACAGAAAUUAUUCAGAACCCUACACACCCAAAUAAAUAUCCAGGUGAGGAGGAGACUCCACAGCUAAAAAGGACCAGAAGUGAUGCCAGUUUUGUUCAGAUGCGUGCAAAGCUUCGAAGUCCGAGAGAAACGCAAAGAUUGAAGAGUCACAGAUUUUCCAUUAAUGGCCAUUUCUAUAAUCAUAAGACAUCUGUAUUUACUCCGGCAUAUGGUUCUGUGACAAACGUCCGUGUUACGAGCAGGAUGAACACAACGCAAGUCAUGAAUCUGCUGUUAAAAAAAUUCAGGGUGGAGAACAGUCCUUCAGAGUUUGCACUUUAUCUACUUCAUGAGACAGGAGAACGAACCAAAUUAGGAGAUACAGAGUUUCCACUGAUCUGCAGGAUACUACAUGGCCCUUGUGAAAGGAUAGCCAAAAUAUUUCUCAUGGAGACUGACCUGGGAGAGGAGGUGUCACAUGAUGUGGCUCAGUAUAUUAAAUUUGAGAUGCCGGUAUUGGACAGUUUUGUAAAGAUGCUUAAAGAAGAAGAAGAACGAGAAAUCACCAAACUGACCAAAAAAUACCACGCCUUUCGUUCAAUGAUGCUGCAGAGAUUAGAAAAGUUGACCAAUUACGAGAGUUACGCCUGAACUUGCGACAGCUCUCAAGACCAGCGAAGAUGAGCCACAGAAUUUGUACCUCGUCAGAGACGAUUCACUGUAUGAACUUUCUGAGCACUUUCAAACUGUGAAUACUUUCUCCUUCCGCUGACAUUUUCAGCAGAAUGUAGAGUCUGUGUUUCUGUCCACACCCUGAACUUUUUUCCAUGAUCUCAGGAAAUGUGAACUAAACUGAUAAUGUACAGAACAUAUUCAAACUUAUAUUACUGAAGCAAUAAUGAAAAGGGAAAAAAUACACUGAAAGAAUCUGCAAUUUUAAAGUGAAUGUAAACUUUAAUAAAUUAAAGCCCAGUAUCAAAUAAUAUCAAAUAAUAAUCUUAAAAACAGGGGCACUUUAAUUCAUUAAAGUUUACAAAGAUGCUUAUUUUUUUUUUUUAAAUACUUACCUUUGCGUUAUGGUAAACAUAACGCAGACCCUCCGCCCACAGCUUCUGCUUUCAUUAGCAUAUCUAUGACAAUCCGGCUGCAUCCAAUUGUUGUGUUGUCCCACGAGCUGGAUGCCAAAGGGGGCACAAAACGAUUGGAGGAAGCCGGAUUAGUCAUCAUUCUGCUAAAGAAAGCAGAAGAAAUGCGGGCGUAGGAUUGUAAAUUUUAAUGAAUUAAAGUGCCCCUGUCUUUAAGAUUAUUAUUUGAUACUGGCUUUUAAUUCAUUAAAGUUUACAUUAACUUUAAGUAAAAGAAACUCAGGAAAUGUAGGGCAGGUGUUACUGCUUAUGAUGUAUGUAAGACUCUGUAAGCAUUUUAAUGAUGACAUUUAACAGUAACGCCUUUGCAGAGGUUAACCAAAUCAGUAGCAAUAAAAAUGUAUUUAUUAAUAAAUAUACUCUUUAAGUAUUACAGCAUUUUAUUUUUGAUUUUUUUUUGGCCACUUUAACACAAUACACUUAUAUCCUGAAAUAACUGGACUAAAGAUUGGUCAUUAAGCCCAACAGAAUUAAUUUCUCUUUAAUAGCAUGAAUAUGUAGAUAUGCUUCCUUGUCCUGCAAACUGUGUUAGCUGGCUCAGGCAUUACUGCCAACAGGAGAUUUUAAAGGAACUUUAAAUGUCUUGAGAUUGUCUUAUAAAAUGUUUAUAUACAGUACGUGUAAAAAUCAUUUUUCAUUAUUUGUUUGUUAUACGUUUGUAAAAUGAAUAACACAUUUGAACUCAUUUUGUGCCACAUUUGUUCAUUGACUAAACAAACACAAAAUGUGUUCAUUUAUUUUCUGACCUAUCAAAUGUUUUGUUUAGUUAAAGAAUGAACAUCGAAUAAAUGAGUUUAAAUUCGUUAUUUGUUUUGUUUUACUGUAAUUGAACAUUAUGGGAUUUUCAAUUCCCCUGAGUUUCUAUAAAUUAAUCAACACCACCAUGUUGAAACCUAGAUUUCCUUUCAUUAAUAUCUUCAGCAGAAGACAAAGUGUGCAAACGAUAGCUGCAUGGAGGUUUGAAAUAAAAUGAAUGUAACAUUGGUAUACUCCACACAGUCAUUGUUUGCACUUCUAUCUGUCCCUAAUUGUCUACAGCAUAACAAAUUUGAUAAAAGAAACCUAGGUUUCAACAUGGCAUUCUUCAAUUCUUUGUAGAAACUAAAGGCCUUUAUAGAAACUAAAUCUUUAUACUUACUUAUUCAAUACAUAAAUAAAUUAUACAUUUACAUAUUAUGUUUAGGCUAAUCUUUGAUUUGAAUACAUCAUAUCAUAUCUGAAUAUAUUUGAAUACAUCAUAUCUUAAUGUACCCUUUACAUACCUGUGGAGAAGAUCUGUCUUUUAGACCAAGGCUCAAUCAAAAUUUUUCUUUACAUGAUCAGUAAUUAAAAUUUACUAUUCAAUAAAUCUUAAACUUAUUUUUUUUUCUUUAUACAUUCUGCUGUUUAACUGAUGCAUUGCUGAGAGGUAUAUCCAUAUAUUUAGAUUAGUAUUCAUUAUUGUAUUAUUUAAUAUGCAUAAUAAAAUUAAUUUAAUUGAUCAAUAUAA